CUACGCACACUCUGCCAUCGUGAGGUUGAUAUUUUUCUUUGGAGCCGGCAGUAUCAUGCGCGCUGCAGGUGUGAAGGCCCUGGUGGUCUCUCUGCUAUGCAGUCUCAGCGCAGCAUCCACGCUGACGCCGCCUGUGUUGCCUCUUAUCGUGCGCAAUCCAUACCUCUCGACAUGGCUGGCUGAUGCGAGAGAGGAGCCGUGGUCGAAAUGGCCAAUGUUCUGGACGGGACAAAGCGUCGGCUUUGGUGUGCUGGCUUCGGUGCCAGAAACCUCGACAGUCUAUCCUCUCCUCGGCCGACCUCACGAUUCCUUGGACCACGACAGCAGUCAUUACAGUAUAGCGUAUCCUAAAUAUCUCGGUGCUCAGUACGAUGCUUCGGUCACCAACCUUACCUAUACAAUCAUCCCUUCUUCCAAGAGCUCCAAUGCCUCUGUGGACAUCAUCCUGUCUUUCCUCUCUCCCGUCACGCCAACCUCGACCCUGCGCCAAUCCAUCCCCGCAAGCUAUGUGACAGUCCACGUCAAGGGAAAUCUUGAUGUUGAUAUUUAUAUUGACGUCAACGGACAGUGGGUAAGCGGAGACCGAGGGUCCAGAAUCGAGUGGUCGCUUCACCAGCAGCAUCACAAGGAUACAGCGAAGCUCAAGACCUUCAGAGUCCAUAGGAGUCAUGAGCAACACUUCACUGAGAUCCAGGAUCGUGCCGAAUGGGGUACCUUACACUUUACAGGACCUGCUGAUGUCCACCACCAAGCCGGCACCUCUGCCCUGCUGCGCAAGCACUUUUCGAAGACCGGUAAGCUGGAAAAUGCUGUGGACGAGUCUUUCCGUCAGAUUAUGGAUGAAGAGCCUGUGUUUGCAUUCAGCAAAAGAUUUAAUCUGAGCUCAAAAUACUCAGAGGAAGCUGCAGAAGACAGCGUGCUCUUCACCAUUACGCACAUUCAAUGGCAGGUGACGCAGUUCGCUUCAAGCAGAGGACUGACCUGGAUGAGACCACUCUGGCUGUCUUACUUCUUCUCAGAUGAUGCUCUAGUCAGCUUCCACUACCAGGACUUCAAGCACGUCCAAGCACUUGCUUCUGAAUACUCUCGCCGUGUUGCGAGAGAUGCUUAUGCUAGUGGCAGCGACAAUUACAAGGAGAUCGUAGAGCUCAGUGCGCGUCAAGUCAUGGGUGCCACGAGCUUCAGCGGAACUCCAGACAACCCAAUCCUCUUCUUGAAGGAGAUCAGCAGCAAUGGAAACUGCCAGACAGUCGAUGUCAUCUUUCCUGCCUUCCCCUUCUUCCUCUACACACAGCCAAAGUGGCUCGCCUACCUCCUCGAGCCUCUCCUCGAGCACAUGCUAAGCGGCCAAUAUCCGAACGAUUAUUCGAUGCACGAUCUCGGCUACCACUUCCCAAACAUGACGGGACAUCCAGACGGAAGAGAUGAAUACAUGCCGGUCGAAGAAUGUGGUGACAUGCUCAUCAUGGGUCUCGCAAUUGUCAACAGCUUGAAGUAUGGAUCCGCUAGUGAGGCACAGUCGCCGUGGAGCGCAAUGGGAAAGCCAAAGAGCGAGAGCGAGAUCGAGAUGCAGUCCGACAACAACGUCAGUCCUUUCGCUCUGCCAGCCACUCUCGAAACUAGGGAUGGUAUCUUCGGUCUGGAUGACGCUUGGGGAGGCGUUGCUUCCGAGCAUCAGGCCAAGAAGUGGGUCUCGCGUACAUAUCGACUGUGGAAACAGUGGACAGGAUACCUCGAGGAGUUCUCGCUCUAUCCGCAGAACCAGCUCUGUACAGAUGAUUUUGCCGGUUGGCUUCCGUUGAUGACCAAUUUGGCGUUGAAGGGUAUUAUUGGUAUCAAGGCCAUGAGUGAGCUUGCUGAAGUUGUUGGUGAGAAGGAGGAUGCCAAGUAUUAUCGCGAUCUGAGCAGCUCCUACAUCAGGGAGUGGGAGGUCCAGGGCAUGAGCCGUGAUGGAGGUCGUGCGAAGCUCGCAUACAACUGGUACGGCAGCUGGACCACUCUUUACUCGCUGUAUGCCGAUGCGCUCCUUUGCUUCCAUCCAUCACUCAACGCGACCCCAAGCUCACGGGAGCAUUACAAGAUGGGUACUCAAGAGCCACUCUUACCUGGUGGCGCGUCUUCAGACAAGCAGAACUUCAUUCCAGAUCAUAUUUACCGCACACAGUCGGAUUGGUACCAGACGGUGAUGCAAAAGUUCGGGCUUCCUCUGGACUCGCGCCAUUUGUAUACCAAGAGUGACUGGGAAUUCCAAGCAGCCGCAGUCGCCGGCAAGAAAACCAGGUCCCAGAUUUUGGACAAAGUUGCCUUUUGGUUGAACGAGACGGCUUCUGAUCGACCCUUCACAGAUCUGUACAAGACUGAAGGAGAUGGAGGAUUUCCAGGACCGAAUUUCUUUGCUAGACCUGUGGUGGGAAGCCAUUAUGCUUUCUUGACUUUGGAAAGAGCGUGUCAGGGAACGGCGGCAGAGGCUUUCAAAUAUGAAUGAGUAGAAGAGGAGGGUUGUUGAGGUGGAGUGCAUGCAUGGUGCAUGGUGAGACAUGGGGGGGUUUUGAAAGUAGAGCACGUUGGAUAGGAGGAUCUCAACGUAUAUGCGGAAGCACAAAAUGCUGUACCAUGGCGAUAAGCUGCAUACAGGCGCUCGAUUUGAUAGGACUCGUGCGAUCAAAUGCAUUAAA